CGGAGCUGGGGCGGAGCGAUGGAAGGGGCGGGGCUCGGGACGAGGCGGGGCUCGCUCCGACCCGAACCUGGAGCUGUCCUCGCCCUUUCGGGCCGCCGCCUAUUCCCGGUGCUCCGCAGGGCUUCUGUAGGCGCCGCGGAUCCCGAGCAUCGCCUCCCGGGUACAGGUUCCCCAAGAAACAAGGACCAUGGAAGAAUCUGCAAACCAGUUGCAGCCACUGAGUGAGAAUCAAGUAGCCAACUGUGAGGGCGGAUAUGUGUGGCAGGUCACCGACAUGCACCGGCUGCACCGCUUCUUGUGUUUUGGUUCUGAAGGUGGCACCUACUAUAUCAAAGAACAGAAACUAGGCCUUGAGAAUGCUGAAGCCUUGAUUAGACUGAUUGAAGACGGCAGGGGAUGUGAAGUGAUCCAGGAAAUCAAGUCCUUUAGUCAGGAAGGCAGGACUGCCAAACAAGAACCGUUGCUCUUCGCACUGGCCAUCUGUUCCCAGUGUGUGGACAUAAACACAAAGCAAGCAGCUUUUAAAGCUGUCCCUGAAGUGUGUCGCAUUCCGACCCACCUCUUCACUUUUAUCCAGUUUAAGAAAGACCUGAAGGAGAGCAUGAAGUGUGGCAUGUGGGGUCGCGCUCUCCGGAAGGCCGUGGCAGACUGGUAUAAUGAAAAAGGCGGCAUGGCGGUGGCGCUGGCGGUUACAAAGUAUAAACAACGAAAUGGCUGGUCACACAAAGAUCUCCUACGACUGUCCCACCUUAAACCUUCCAGUGAAGGACUUGCUAUUGUGACCAAAUAUAUCACCAAGGGCUGGAAAGAAGUUCAUGAGCAGUAUAAAGAGAAAGCACUUUCUGUGGAGACUGAAAAACUGCUAAAGUACCUGGAGGCCGUGGAGAAAGUGAAGCGUACGAAGGAUGACCUGGAAGUCAUCCAUCUAAUUGAAGAGCAUCAGCUGGUUCGAGAACAUCUGCUGACAAACCACUUGAAGUCUAAAGAGGUAUGGAAGGCUUUGUUACAAGAAAUGCCCCUUACUGCACUCCUGCGGAACCUGGGAAAGAUGACUGCUAAUUCAGUGCUUGAACCAGGAAAUUCUGAAGUAUCUUUAGUAUGUGAAAAACUGAGCAAUGAAAAACUGCUCAAAAAGGCUCGUAUACAUCCAUUUCAUGUUUUAAUUGCAUUAGAGACCUACAGAACAGGCCACGGGCUCAGAGGAAAACUGAAGUGGAUUCCAGAUAAAGAAAUCUUACAAGCAUUGGAUGCUGCUUUUUAUAAAACAUUUAAGACGGUUGAACCAACUGGGAAGCGGUUCUUGCUCGCUGUUGACGUCAGUGCCUCUAUGAACCAGAGAGUCUUGGGUAGUGUACUCAAUGCUAGUACUGUUGCCGCAGCAAUGUGCAUGGUGGUUACACGGACAGAAAGAGAGGCUUCAGUAGUUGCCUUUGCAUGUGAUAUGGUUCCAUUUCCCGUGACUACAGACAUGACAUUACAGCAGGUUUUAACAGCUAUGAAUAAGGUUCCAGCAGGCAACACGGAUUGCUCUCUUCCAAUGAUCUGGGCCCAGAAGACAGGCACAGCUGCAGACGUCUUCAUCGUAUUCACUGAUAACGAGACCUUUGCGGGGCAGGUGCACCCCGCAGUCGCCCUGAGGGAGUACCGAAAGAAAAUGGAUAUUCCUGCUAAAUUGAUUGUCUGUGGGAUGACAUCAAACGGCUUUUCCAUUGCAGACCCAGACGAUAGAGGCAUGUUGGAUAUAUGCGGCUUUGAUACUGCGGCUCUGGAUGUAAUUCGGAAUUUCACAUUGGAUAUCAUUUAACCCUGAGUACCAGAAUGAUCUGAGAGGAGCGCUGCUAUAGUGGAUUUCAUUGAAAAUAGACAGCUACUUCCCAGCUAGACACAGUAGUGAGAAAUGUCAUCAGUAUGUGCAUGAUAGAAAUGUACUUUGGCAAAAACAGGAGAAGAGGGAAGGAAGGAAAGACAUGUUGAGCCCAAAGGUGCAUGUACUCAGCUAGCUCUUGAGCAGUCUUCAGGACACUGUAGCUUCCUCUGUAGAGAACUUCUUUUUAAUAGACACUGUAAAAUAGUGGUGGUGUACCUCACUGAAUCACACCUUUGUACUGAAAGUGAGAUACAAAGUAUAAGUAGCCUCACAUCAUGUCACUUGUUUGAGAAGUGCUUGUUUUCUUAAACGUCUUUAUUGGAAAAGGACAGUUUUAAUAAUGUCCAAAUACUCUGAGGUGCACUAGACCAUGUGACUGUGAUGGCAAUGAACCUCAUCAGGUAAAUUUUUAUACCAAGGGGUUUAAAAAAAAGACAUUUGGUUAAACUAAAUUAUGAAUGAAUUUUACAAAUUCAGAGUUUUUGUAAGAUCAUAUGAACAACAGCUUUCUUAUUCAAUGAAAAAGAUGUUUUCCUUCAGAUGUUUAAUUUGUACUUGUUAGGAUUUGUUACUAUUUGGCCAAACCAUGGUGGAAAUCUCUAAGGGACUUGUUGAGUUUAUAUAGGCUGAGGAAUUUGCUUUGUAGCCUUGUGUUAGCUGAACAACAACAGUGUGUCAUGUACUUACACUUUCCUGGGUGUUUCACAUAUUUAACUCCCCCAUCCAUCAUCCUGAUAGUGUAACUAUUAAAACUCUACUGUAAAGACAUAGCUUUUCUGUACCCCUAAAAUACUUUUAACUAAUUUUCAUAUUUUUCUAAUAUUAAUUUUGACUGAAGUCUUUUAUAUUUUUGUCCCCUAUGCAUUUUGUGUCUAAUUUCUUUUUUGAUAGAGUAGAGAAAUAAUACAGCAAGCUAGAUCCUUUGAGUUCAAAGGCAAUUUUAGAGUAGCCAUAUCAACCAAUCAGUUUAUGUAGGAAACUUAAGAACUUAUUUUGUACAAAUUAAACUUCUUUUUCACCAUACUAAAAUACAUUCUUUUCUUGAGCAAUUACAUGUUUUCACUGGGAAGCUUAGCAUGAGAAUAGCCUAUUGAAACACCAGUAGUUUUUCUCUUGAUUCAGUAAUAGUACCUAAGGUAGUUUAUACUAAAGCUCUAAUUUUUAUGUAUUACUCUUUAAAUAUUAAAGUUUUACUGGGGGCUUCUAAAGCUCUUACAAAACUAGUAUGUGUAGGUUACAUAACCUUAUAAGUGUUUAGGGGGGUGAAGUUCUUUUAUUUGAGACAGAAAGGGGCUUUGCUAGUGUGAGGAUUUGUGUACAUAUUUUCUUCGCUUUCAUAAGAAAUUUACUCUCAGAGAAUAAGAAAAUGUUCCCUUCAGAUGAUUUCACAUUAGUGAAGUUUAAUAUGUAGCCAUUCCUCUAAGACAGUAACAAAUUUUCAGUGUUAUUAGCAAAGAUAGUAUCAGCUCCAAUUCUAGACACCAUUGCUUCUGAUGCUGUUCUGGCUUGGCCACUGUCACGUCUUAACUAAUUCUGAUACAUUAAAGUUUCAUAUUCAACUUGAAUUUAAGGUUUAAAACCCUAGUCAUUACAUGAAAGCUAUUGAAUUCUUUAAACCCAGGAUCUAAGUUUUAUUAUGAUCUAACUUAUUAUGAAAUUUACAUGGAAUAUUAUAUAAAAGCUUAUUUCUUUUUUUUUUCUAUGCUACUUAGAUAGUGCUUGUAGGCAAGCAGAAUAUAUCUAGGAGCUAAUAUUUAACCCAUCAGGGAAAUGAGGGUCACCUACCGGUGACCCUUCUACAAUAUUUAUAGACCUAAUUAAAUAGAUUAAGAUUGAAGACAGAGGCCGAGUGUGGUAAUGCAUACCUUUAUUUCUGGGAAAACAGAAGCAGAUCUCUUAAGUUAGAGGCCAGCCUACUCUACAUAGUGAAUUCCAGGCCAGUCAGGGAUAUGUAGUGAGACCCUGUCUCCAAAAAAGAAAAAAUGCUUAAGAAAAAAAAAAAAAAGUCCCCACAGAAAGAAAUUUUAUCUUCAAAUCACAAAACUUCAGAGUAGAAAGAAAGCUUAGAAAAAAUUGUAUUUGGUUGAUAACCAGAAAUAGUGUGGGUCUUCUGGAUGCUUGUGUGUUGGUUCUUUUGUUUUGUCUUGUGACAGAGUCUCUCUACAUAGACAUAGUCAUGGCUACUCCAGAGCUCACUGUGUAGACCAGGCUGGCCUGGAACAGAGAUGCUCCUGCCUCUGCCUCCCAAGUGCUUGCUAUGCCCAGCGCAAGACUGGGUGGUUUGGGAGAGGGGUCUGCAUCUCCACUUAGCAUUUUGGCUUUCAGUCUCUCAUCCACGGGGCAUGUUGAUUUAGUAAGAGAUACGUAGAAUUAUGAAGCCUUUCACCUAAUGUAGACGUUAGGAAUUGAUGAUAUGCAUGAUUACUUUAGGAACUUGUGAACAUGUGGGAGUUUUUUUGUUUUUUUUUUUUUUUUAGUUUUUAUUUUUUGAUUUGGAGUAAUUCUCAAUUAUGUCUCUGCAGCCUAUGUUGCUAUGGAAUCUAGCCACAUAGAAGGGCAUUAUUACCUCAUUAAGCUUAGGAUACCCUCAAGUGGUAAACAAGUUUUAUUUUCCAAAUUACCACUCUGUGACUCUUAAGUAAAUAGUAUGGAAAAUGCUGCUUUAAAAGGCAAUCUUAAGAAAAAUAAACGUUAUUUCCUAGAUACUAUGUAAAUAUUUCCAGGAUUUAGUUGUUAUUAAUAACACAAAACACUAAUCUUUUCAUCUCACUGUUUUUUGAUUAGUGGAUAGUCCACUUACUAAAACUGUUACUUAGUAACUGUUGUCAGGGUGUGUUAGAAGGGCAUAUGCUAGUAAGUAGAACCUACUUCAUCCUUUGGAACUUCUUGGUAUUUUUUUUUCAUGUGUCAUUAUGGACAACCAGUUCAACAUAUGUGGUAAAAUUCUGCUCUCCUACAAAUUAAUGUAUCUUAUUCUCAGAUAGCAGAACAAGCUGCUUAAUAUUUACCUAAUAUUGAAACUGGAAAGGGAGCCUUUCAUUAUAAGUUCAAACUUCACUUUUAAUUAGAAUCACUAAGAUGUCAUUAUUCCCUGAUAAAAAGGAAGAAGAAAUAUAUUCAAAAAAAAAAAAGCAAGCAAGCGAAGCUCAUAGUGAAAAUAGCAACAUGCUGUUCCUAGCAAGCGCUCGCUUAUAUUACUUUAUUUGAAUAACAGUAAGUCUGUAGUUGACAAACUGGCAGGUUGUUUCUCACUUUCCUAGACUUUGACAAAAAAAUUAUACCAAUGUAAAUUUGAGAAUAUAAUGAUCUUUAGAAGCACAGUAAGAGUACAUCUAAACAGGAAAUGAAAGCUAAAUCAUUGUACAUUCUUGGAGUCAUUUUCCUGUCCUAAACAUUUUGUCACAGGGCAAGCAAGAUUUCAUAGUGGGUAAAGACACUCACCACCAAGCUUACUGAAUUGUUCCCAGUCCCUGGACCCCACACGGCAGGAGAAGAAACCAGUUCCUGCUGGCUGUCCCCUGACCUCCAUAUGUAUGCCAUGGUGUGCACAUGUGCAUGUGUGUGUGUGUAAAAGUGAAAAAAGAUACUGCAACAGAUUUGGCUGUUGUGUUGUUGUGUGGUGUGCUUGUAGUAAAAGUAA